AUGAAAAAUAGAGAUCCUGAAAAAUUUAUUGAAUAUUUACGAAUGGACAUAAAUUCGUUUAAUGAAUUACUGAAGUUAAUCGAACCACAUAUUACGAAACGAAAUGUUGUUAGAGCUCCAAUACCAGCCAUUACUCGAUUGGAGAUAUGUUUACGCUAUUUGGCUUCGGGCGAUAUUAUGCCUUCCCUUUCUUUUGCGUUUCGAGUUGGAACAAAUACAGUGUCUAAAAUUGUAGCAGAAACUUGUCAAUCUAUUUGGAAUGGCUUAAAAGAAAUAGUUUUCCCUGAAUGUACAGAAGAAAUAUGGAUAGAAAAAGCUAAAGAAUACCAGGAUAUAUGGGAUUUUCCAAAUUGUGUAGACGCAAUUGAUGGAAAGCACAUUGGACUUCAGGCUCCAUCACACAGUGGUUCAACAUUUUAUAACUAUAAAAAUAUGCACAGCAUUGUGCUUAUGGCACUAGCAGAUGCCAAUUAUCGUUUUACAGUAGUAGAUAUUGGUGGUGAAGGGAGACGAAGUGAUGGCGGUAUAUUCCAGCACAGUGAACUUGGACGUCAGUUGGAAUAUAUCAGUUUGAAUUUACCAAAAGCAAGUUCUAUUUCAGAAAAGGGUCCUAAAUUACCGUUUAUAAUAGUAGGUGAUGAAGCUUUUGCAUUAACACCCUAUAUGCUGCGUCCAUAUCCUCGAAAGAAACAAAGAACAUAUCUCGUAGAUAUUCCUCCAAAAGAUGAUGAUAAUUGUUUUCAAAAAUUACGUAACCCUGAAAAUUGUCUAGAAGUCAUAGAACAUAAUAUACUUCAAACUGGGAGUAUUGUUAGAGAUUUAUUUACGCAAUAUUUCUGUACAACUGGAGCUAUUCAACAGCAGUGGGCAAAGGCUUACACAAAUGAUUAUUAA